AUGACGGGGCUUGGUGACCGGGAGGCUGUCAAGGCAGCCGGAGGCGACGCAGAUCUUCCGCGUGGCGGCUCUUUGCCAAAGGCAGACGAGGAAGCGGAAAACGAGAGGCUGAGUGUGUUGGGCACAGCGAGCUCUCAGAACUCGCUGUCGCCUUCCGCGGCGACGCCGCCUGCCUCAUCGCGUCCCACAGGCGAGGCCGCUGCGACCGAGCUUUCGAAACCCAGCUCAACCUCAAGCACUCCUUCUGAAGAAACGCGGCUGCAUGUCCCAUACACGGAGACCCGUGCAGACCCUGAGGCCGAACACGAGCCGGAGGGACGCGGAGCGGAAGACACAGAGGGAGAGGCCUCGGAGACCGAAGGGAGCAGCGAGGAGGAGGGCGACGAGCUGAGCGACGAGGAUGACGAGGGAGACCUGAAACAGAAAGGCCUCUCCCUAUUCGAAAAAGGGGAUUUCGAGGGUGCCAUUGACUGCUGGAAACGAGGACUACGCGCAGUGAACUUCGUGCUCUCGAAAGACUUGGACGAACCCGAGAAAGUAAAGGAAUUCGAGCAGAUGAGGAUGUCUUAUCGUCUGAAUCUGUCGCUCGGCUCUCUGAAGGCUGGGCACUUCGGCGCCUGCGUCACCUACUGCGACGACGUCUUGGACGUCGACCCGUUCCACCUCAAGGCUCUUUUCCGCAAGGCGCAAGCUUUGCAUAGCUUGGGUCGGCUCGAGGACGCCCUGGCGAUUGUCGACAGCUUGCUGGAGGCGCAUCCGAACAAUCCGGCGGCUGUGGAGCUUCAGCGCAAGCUGAAACGCGAAGUGUACGCCUACCGGAAGAAGGAGCGCGAAAUGGCGAAGGCGAUGCUGCAUCGCGUCGAUGCCGAUCCUCGCUCCGUGGCGCGCGGCUCUGCUCCCGAGGCCAACUUGGAGAAUGAAGGACUUUUCGGCCGCAUGAAGAAGGCGUUUGGGUUCUUCAAGAGCAUUUCCGCGGACGCGGACGCUGCGGCGCGGCGCCAAGCUUCCUCUGCUGUUCCGGGGAGCAGUUUCGCCUCGAACCCCCCGCCGUUUCCGCCUUCGCCCUUCGGCGCGGUUCCGCCAGGCGCUUCCGCUGCGUUGGCUGAGGAAAUGCGACAGUUUGGCGGCUGCGGCAGCGACGCGAACCCUUUCGCGUCUCUCUAUGGAGACGCGUCGCCCUUUGUGUCUGGCGCGCCCGGGGACAGUGCGCAGUUUGAGCAGAAUAUGCGAGACUUGCAGAGGCUCCUGGAGCUCAACCAGCGGCUGAUGGAGAGUCCACAAGAUGCCGGGUUUCUUCAGAAACUCCGGCUGGCCUGGGCCUUUUGCUCAUUCGCGGGUCGCGCGCUCUUCGAACGCGGCUGGAGCUUCUGCAAACGCAGGUGCCGGGAGACAUGCAGCCGAAGGCGGCCCCAGGCUCCACAGCCACUCUCCACGGCGUCGCCGUCUCCACAGAUGUUCUCCGCAUCGCCGUCUCUUUCGCAGGGCGCGAGCCCGUUUGAGCGUCGUGGGGGCGAAGAGGCAGCCUCCGAAAGGAUCGGCCUUUUUGGCGCCAAAGCCUGGGAGAAGAAGGACGGAGGCAAAAGCGGCGUCGGGCGGGCAGCCGCCAGGCGCGGAGGACGCUUUGCGACGACUCGCAGGGCGCCUGAGGAGAAGCACGUCCCGCGUUUUGAGGAAGUAGACGACGACGCCAACCCGGAAGGGGAACGUGCGGCUGGGCACGAGCCGAGGGACCCAAGUGCGUCGAACGGCCAAGGCACACCCCAGGAGUGA